AUGUCAUCAUUAGGGCACUUGUUAUUGCCUUUGGGAUUCCUUUGGGAAGGCAAGGCAACAUUUGGGCCUAAAAGAGGAGCUGAAACUCUCGUAGCUAAUUUUUGUAAACUUAGAAUACCGAUUACAACAACAGCUGCUUGCAUGAUGGAUCUACGAAGAUAUCCUCUGGAUGAACAAAACUGCACACUAGAAAUUGAAAGUUAUGGAUACACCACAGAUGAUAUUGAAUUUUACUGGAAUGGAGAGUCUGCAGUAACUGGAGUUAGUAACAUCGAGCUCCCACAAUUUUCUAUCAUUGAUUACAAGAUGGUAUCAAAGAGAGUGGAGUUCACAACAGGAGCAUAUCCUCGGUUAUCACUUAGCUUCCGGCUUAAGAGAAAUAUUGGUUACUUCAUUCUGCAAACAUAUAUGCCUUCUACGUUGAUCACAAUUCUGUCAUGGGUAUCUUUUUGGAUCAAUUAUGAUGCCUCUGCAGCCAGAGUUGCUCUUGGAAUCACAACUGUGCUGACCAUGACCACCAUCAGCACCCACCUUAGGGAGACACUGCCAAAGAUUCCCUACGUCAAGGCAAUUGAUAUUUACCUGAUGGGAUGCUUUGUGUUUGUGUUUCUGGCCUUGCUGGAAUAUGCUUUUGUAAACUACAUAUUCUUUGGGAAAGGACCCCAGCGUCAAAAAAAGGCAGCAGGCAGAGAGACAGGCAAGAAGAGCAGACUGGAAACACAUAGAGUCCAGGUUGAGCCCCAUGGAAACAUGCUGCUUAGCACACUCAACAUAAGAAAUGAUGUCAGCAGCUCGGAUGCGUUCUUGAGCCGCCGUGAUGCCCAAGGCCCCAUGUACACAUCUGACGGUGCUGGCCUGCAGCACAGAAGGACCCUCUCUGGCAGGGCACCCUACAGCAGGAGCGCACUGGACAGGCACAGGCUUCAUCAGAAAGGGCACUUGCGAAGGAGGGCAUCCCAGAUCAGAGUCAAGAUACCGGACUUGACUGAUGUUAACUCCAUAGACAAGUGGUCCAGGAUGGUCUUUCCCGUCACAUUUAUUCUUUUCAAUGUUGUUUACUGGCUGUAUUAUGUACACUAAUGUAUGCAAUAAUGUUGCUGUACACUAACAUAUUGAGGCUUGUUUCUUUUCUGUCUCAGUUUUGCUAACUAUGAAUAUCUGCAAUAAACAUAACGUGAGAUUUUCAAGGUAAGGUACCUAUCCAAUGAAUAUCUCUAGAUCUAGGCUUUCAAAGCAAACACUCAAAUAAAUGAAAAAGCACCCAUACUCACCACAUUCCGAUCAAAAUACUGCUAAAUUCCUUAAUUUCUAUAAUAUGCAUCACUCACAACCUUCCUGUAUUUGCUUUUGUCUUUUUUAAGUGGAAUAAAAUUUAGCCACAUACUGUAAUCCCCUGGCAGCACAUUUCCAAACAAGAUAGUAAAAUGACUCAAAGUAGUCAUCAUGUCACAGUAUUUAAGUAUUAAAAGUGUAAAGAAAUCAGAAGAAAUAACUUUUGCAAGAUUAUAACUGUUGCAUCACACACCAUUUCAAAAUAGUUCUACAAAAAGUGUUUUCAUGUAAGAGAGAUCAUUCAAGGAGAUAUAAGCCAACUAACAUUUCAGAGAGGCUGGGAUCUUGAAAGGAAAGAAAGGGAACCGAAGACAAACUCUGCUGAGUUUCCAACCAUGGAAUCAGAGGUUUGGACCUAACUAGAAUUUUGUUAUUUUCACAAAGUAGCAAAGUUGAAAUUGAUAAGAACAACUAUGCCAUCUGUAAUUUUGUAUUAAAAUCAGAAAAUGUCUUAAUUCCUGAAAGCAAUUGCUACAGGAUACCCCAGACCCAAAGCAGAUUGUUUUCUUGGCUCUCAGAUUUCCUGAGUCCAGUAAUUGCAACACAUCUUCCCAAGAGCUAGCAGAGAUCUGUUCCCAGAUCAAGCAAGAGUUCUGCACACAAGGUCCUACAGAUUUCCUGACUCUGAUGAAGAACAGAAGACAUAGCCGAGCCUCAAGGCAUACUAUGGAUACAUGGCUCUUCCCACUCUCAAAGCUCAGAUUAGGCCAAUACCACUGCGUGUUGCCAAACAUAAAUCCAGGCAAGGAGCCAAGCCCCAGUAACCUGCCUUCAGCUGAGGAGUAGUAGGUCAGCCAUCUCCUACCUGCAGCAAACCUUCUAAGUCUAUAAACAGUCCAGAAUGAUAAAUGUCCAAGAAUGGGAAUAGCUUCAAUGCAUUUAUUACAAAAAUCAUGAAGCUGCCAACAGGCAUUUGGUAUCACUAAUCCAGUGGGGUACUUGAGUCUAUCAGUUUUGUUGCGGAUUCCAAGGUGUCAAUCUCAACCCAUGUUCAAUGGAACACGGAAAUUGUCUCAACCUUUAAGAGAAUAGUUGCUGUGACAGCUUAGAGAUCACUGCAUACCUGCCUGAUUACAACAGUAAUUUCUGUGUGCUACAGGUACUGAAACACCAGCAAAGACUCCUCUGACAGUCUAACGUACCUUCAGCCUAACGCCAAAACUGUAACUAUAACUUUGCAUAUAUGUAUCCAUCUGCUGCUAUCAGUAAUACAAGAACCCAAUGUCAAAUGCAAAACUCACUCUUAGGAAAUAGCACCUAACUGUGACACUCAAGAUC